UAGGAGACUAGGUUUUUCUUUUUUUCCAGUUCCUAGUAGCAGUCGAGAAGAACGUGGCAUUAGCUCAUAUACGGUUUACUCCGGCCCUCAUGGCCUUCCCUGGAAUCCCUGCAACCAUGAACCGAAUGCCUCAUUGCGCGUUACGGGUAUUGUAUAUCUGGAGAAAAGUGAGGGUCUUUUUCGUUCGUGCUAUCGCCUUUCCCCCUUUCCCAUACCAGCACAAUUCUACAUCCUCGUUCUUAGACUAUGGAAAGCAUUGAAGAUGCACCUUGGUUUAGCCGAUUUUUUCUCCUUGUCGUGCUUGGCAUACCUUCGCUGCAAACGCUUUUCCAAAUGUCAGAUAAGGAGGAUCAUAAGGAAUGGAAUGAACUCAGACAGCGUUUGACCAAUCGCGUAACACUUGUCAACGUUGUCUCCUCCCUUUUCAUCACGAUUACUGCUUCAUAUCUGACUAGCCCUCCCCCGACUACCUUUGUAACAUGGCACCACCAAGUCCCUUACAUUUUCAUUGGUGCUGCUAGUGCGUGCGCUGUGCUGGCCGUUUUCAGUGGCUUUGGCCUAUAUAUAUCCUUGAAUGCCAUGCGUCCUGAAACUCUCAGACGACCACAGGAACGUCCGCUCAAAUUAUGCGCCAUUCUCAUCUUACUAAUUAUGCCACUUGCCUUCCUGUUUCUGGCAAUGGUGUGUGCCAUCGUCGGAUGGACCGCAGCCAUCUGGUUUGGUAAUGUAGCUUGGUUGAAGUUGGCAGUCUCCUUUGGCUUUGUAGUGUUCGUUAUGAUCCAAGUCGUGAUUAUUAUUGCAAUUCACUAGUCCUUGAUCAUGACAUGUAUCCUUAAUUCGCUUUAGAAAUCUGAAAACUCUGCAAUAAAAUGAACCCUGUAUCUAGGGGCACAGGGGAUGAGCGUUCGGGGCUAGGUGUUCUGCUCAAGAAGGGCACAAGCAACAAGC